AUGGCUCAAAAAAGGGAGAGAGUGAUCUGCACCAACGUGUACCUGGCUGACAUUGUAUUCCUGGUGGAUGGAUCCUCUAGCAUUGGCAGGGGAAAUUUCCACAUGAUCCGAUCCUUCAUGGAAGGACUGGUUGUUCCUUUUAUCAAUGUGGUGGGUGCGAAUGGGGUGCGUUAUGCGGCUGUGCAGUACAGUGAUGACCCCAGGACUGAGUUCAAAUUCUCUGACUUUCUCAAUGGAACAGAAGUGAUGAGGGCUCUCCGGGAGAUGGCCUUCAAGGGUGGGAAUACUCGCACAGGAGCAGGUCUUCGUUAUGUAGCUGAUAACUUAUUUGGGACCAGUCAGGUCCGGCCUAAUGUUCCAAAGAUCUGUAUCCUCAUUACUGAUGGAAAGUCUCAGGAUGAGGUUGAGCAGACGGCCCUAAAGCUGAAGAAUCAAGGCAUUAAAAUCUUUGCUGUAGGUAUCAAAAAUGCAGACCGGAAGGAACUCGACCGAGUGGCUUCCACACCCACAGAAGAUUAUUCCUUCUAUGUUACUGAUUUUAAAAUCCUGGCAUCCCUGCUGCCACUGGUGUCACGGAAGGUGUGUGCCAGCACAGGAGGCAUCCUCCAGACAAUAGGUGCAAAGGCCUACAGCGGUCCCUCCAACCUGGUCUUCGUGGAACAAGGAGCAGACAUGCUAAGGAUCCGUUGGAGAGCAGCUGAUGGUCCCGUGACUGGAUAUAAAAUUCAAUAUGUGCCUUUGACUGGCCUGGGGCAACAAAUCAUGUCAGAGAGGCAGGAGGUCAAUUUGGGAUCUGGUGAGACAAGUACUGUACUUCGUGGCUUGAAAAGUGGGACAGACUAUCUGGUUACCAUUAUAGCUCAGUAUGCCAACCGCGUUGGAGAAUCAGUUUCUGGCAAAGGACGGACUCAGAUCCUGUCUGGAGUGACAAAUUUUCAGGUGUUGGAAACGGGAUCAUUCUUCCUCAGGCUGUCCUGGGCAGCUGAUCUGAGCGAAGCCCUACAAGGCUACAGGCUCACUUACGUGGCCAGAGGUGGAGCUCAAGCUGAAGAAGUGAAUCUUGGUGCCAGUACUACUUCAUUCUUGCUCAGCAACCUUCGACCUAACACUGACUAUGUGAUCACACUGUAUCCAGUCUUCCCACAUCAUACAGUAGCGCCUGCUGUAGUUCAUAGCCGAACAUUGAACUUGGCAGGAGUACAACAGCUAAGUGCCCAGAACAUCUCCUCCCAAGGGAUGCUGGUGAUCUGGAGGGGUGUGAGUGGAGUUACUGCAUACCGUGUUACCUGGGGACUCCUCUCAGGUCAGGGUAGUCAAGAAACUGAUGUGGAUGCUAGCAAGAAUUCCUAUUUGUUGACUGGACUGCAGCCUAACACUGAUUACCUCGUAUCUGUUGCUUCAGUCUAUGGACAAAUAGAAGGCCCCAAGGCCUCCAUUAGGAGGCGAACAGAAAUAGUCCAGAUUCUUAGGACUAUUGCUGUUGACCCAACAUCAAUUAAGGUGGCAUGGAAUAUCAUCCCUAGUGCUCGGGGCUAUCGUCUGGAGUGGAGAAAAGCAACAGGGGUGGAUUCUCCCAAGACUGUCUCCCUUCCCACCAAUGAGAACAGCUACACUCUGACCGGCCUGCGGCCAAGCACAGAAUAUCACAUCACCCUCUACACUUUGUAUGAGGGAAAAGAAGUAGCAACCCCAGUUACCAUCUCAGAGACAGGGGUGGCACCUUCUGUGGGAAGCAUCACCAACUUGCGGAUCAUUGAGACCAUAGGAAACAGAGUCCGACUCUCCUGGCUGGGAGUCCAAGGAGCCACAGGAUAUAAGAUUGUAGUACGCAAUACGCAAGAUGGCACUGAGAGGGUUCGGCAUAUCCCAGGCUCCCAGACCACAGAGGACUUAGUUGAUUUGAAAGAGAAUGUUUCCUAUGUAGUUCGUGUGUCAGCUCUUAUUGGCAAUCGUGAGGGUAAUGCUGCUCCUCUCAACAUCCGAAUCCAACCACCAUUAGUAGGCAGUGUAUCAAACCUGCGCAUGGUGCCAGUGGGACUGGGUCGCAUUCGGCUGCUGUGGACUCCCAUCCCCAGGGCUACAGCUUAUAAGCUGGUGAUUAUCAACACUCAGGAUGGAUCAGAGGAGACAAAAAGAGUUCCUGGCAACCAGAGUUUCUUCGAAUUGCAGGAUCUGAAGGAGGGUGUCACAUACUUAGUACAAAUAACAACGCAGUUGGGCACCCAAGAAAGCUCCCCUGCCACCCUUACUUUCCAAGUUGAAUCUCCAUCCAUAGGCAGCAUCAGCAAGCUAGAGGCAGUUCCAGCUGGGCCCAAUCAGUUGCGUGUUACCUGGAAUCGGGUUCCUGGGGCUACAGGCUAUAAGGUGACAUGGCGAUUGAGAGAGGGUCAAGAGAGCUCUCGAGUCCUAUCAGCUGAUAUAAAUUCCUACACCAUUGAGGGCCUGAGGCCUGGGACUGUCUAUGUCAUUGAAGUUUCAGCCUUAGUUGGUAGCAGAGAAGGGAAUUCAGCUACCACCACAGUUACAACAGCCUCUGAUCAAGUGGGAACAGUCACCAGCCUCAGAGUCCUUGAGUCCAGGGGCAACAUGGUACGCAUCUCAUGGGUUGGCGUGCCAGGGGCUACAGCAUAUCGAGUGGUGUGGGGCCAGCGCAGAGGUGGACCUGAAAGCAGCAAACUGGUCUUGGGAAACGUUAAUUCCUUUGACUUAGAAAACCUGGAAGGAGGAGUCAGCUACACUGUAAAGGUCACAGCACUGAUUGGGAAUCGUGAAGGAAACCCUGUAUCUAUUACUGUCACAACACCGGCAGUCCCAAUUCAACCUGUUGGAAAUCUGCGUGUGACUGACUCCUCAGAAACCCGUAUCCGAUUAGAAUGGAGUCCAGCACCAGGGAGCACAGGCUAUCGGCUGACCUGGCGCCCAGCAGGUGGGCCAGAGAGGAGUCAGCUGUUGCCAGCCCAUAUUAACACCUAUGACAUUGAAGAUCUGCAGCCAGGAGGGCGCUACGACAUCCGCAUCACAAGUCUGACUGGCAGCCAGGAGAGUGAAGCUGUGGCCAUUGUCGCCACCACUGCAGCUGCAGGCCAGGUGGCCAGUUUCCAGGUGGCAGAUACUCAAAAGGAUUCUGUAACUUUGACCUGGACUCCAGUUCCUGGGGCUUCUGGCUAUCUUCUUAGAUGGAAAUCUCCAAGAGAGGGAGGAGAGGCACAAAGAACAUUGCCUGGAUCAGAAACAUCCCACCAAGUACUUGGGUUGCAUCUUGGUGAGCGAUACACCUUUACUCUUCGCCCGCUGUUUGGGAGCAUCUCUGGUGCUGAGGUUUCUGUUACUGAGCAGACAGUCUGUCCAGAUGCCCAGCAUGAUGUCAUUUUUCUUGUACAUACAACUCGAGACAACGCCUACAGUGCAGAGACUAUGCGAAACUUCCUCUCCAACACUGUAUCCGCUCUGGGUCGUCUGGGCCCUGGAACUACCCGGGUGGGCAUUGCAAUUUACAGCUACCGAAGCCUCCCUUUACUCCUGCUUAAUCGUUCCAAUGAUUUAGCAACUGUCCUGCAGCAUAUCCGCUCACUGCGCUAUGAGGAGCCUAGUGGCAAUGCCAUUGGAGCAGCCAUUAAUUUUGUGAAGACCUACAUGCUGAGCCCCACUGCAGGGCGAAGACCUAGUGUACCAGGAACCUUGGUGAUAUUGGCAGAUGGGUCAUCCAGUGAUGAUGCCAUUGGGCCUGCCAGGGAAAUCAAAGCUGCUGGAAUCCAGGUUCUAGCAGUGGGGAUGGAAGGGGCUGAUCGUGACCAACUGCGUCGCCUGGUGACCAAUGAAGAAUCACGUAAUGUUUUCUUUGUGCAAGAUCCAAACGAUUUGCCAGAGAUGGAAGUGGGGCUUGCCAGUGCCCUCUGCAGAUCAUCCAUCACAGACAGGCCUAGACCAGAGCCCUGUGCUGUGCAGUGCCCUCAGGGUGAGAAGGGUGAGCCAGGUGAGCCUGGGCAGAAAGGACAAAUGGGACUCCCUGGCCCUUCUGGAGAUCCGGUAAUGUCUGGCCUUCUUGGGAAAAAUUCUGUGAUGGACGCAAUGGGAUCCCAGGUCCUCCAGGUCCAGUGGGACCUCGGGGUCCCUCAGGUGGUGCCAUUGAGAGGCAGGGUGAAAAGGGAGAGAGGGGAUUUCCAGGAGCAGAUGGAGCACCAGGGAAUCCUGGCCGUCCUGGCAGCGCAGGUCCUCCUGGUCAGGCAGGCAGCCCUGGCCUUCCUGGUCUCAGAGGAAUCCAAGGGGAGCGUGGACUGGUUGGCCCAGUUGGGCCAAGAGGAGAGAAAGGUGAGCAGGGCCCUCCUGGAUCAGGUGAAGGAGGUGUGGUCAGAGGAGAACCGGGUACUCCAGUGA